AUGGACGCGGGUCCACUGAUUCUUCUUCCGUCCCAGUCCCAGUCCGCCGCGAUGGAGGCCGCGGAGGAAUCCGCGUGGGCGACGCUCCUCGUCGACGGUUUCUCGAUCCCGUCGCGCGAGGAGCUGCUCGUCGGGGAAGACCUGCUGCCGGCGCGCUCGCCGCGCGCCGUGACGCCGUCGCGCACCGCGGCUGACCCGGCGGUCGGUUUCGACAUGCCGCCCAAUGAGCUCUUCCGCGACCAGUUCGAGUACUCGCUGAGCUUUUAUUUCCCUUUCCCGUGCGACGUCGGUCGCGACGCGCCCGCGCCUUUCCCGGUCGUGGUGAGAGGGACGUUGCCGCCGCCGACGAGGUUGCGCGGAGUGAAGAUAAAAUUCCUUCGGUUCAAAAUCGCGGGCGGCGAAGCCGCGAGAGUCAUGAGCGUCCUGGAGCGCCUUUCGGAGAGCGAUCUCGAGAGGGUUCGGUGCUCAGUGACGUUCGUGCACCGGUCCGGGAAAGCCUCCGCGACCGCGGUGGGCCUCGCGUGGAGCCCCGGGUGGAUUAACCACGCGCUCGGGAGGACCGGGAGAUCAACGGGGAGCGGGCACCCGCCCGGGGGGUCGCAGUUUUGCGACGGCGACGCCACAUCGUUCCUCGAUACGGACGUUCGCGACUACUUGCUCGACGUCGCGAACCGCGAGGAACAGGAAACGGCGACGCUCCCCGAGCGCCAUCGCGAGCAAUCACACACGCAGCUGCACGGCGUGCACGUCGCGGUCGAUCGCUCGAUACGCGUGACCGCCCUCGAGCACGCGUUUCACUGGAUGCUGAGCAUGGCGGAGUUCGAGUUGAGCUUCAAGUCGCUGAGAGACGCGGUCGGCGGCGCCUCCGACGUGGGUUUCGACGAUUGGGAAGUGCACACGUGA